AAAAAAUAAGGAAAAAUGCUUAUCUGUUUGUCCGGUUUCGUGAUUCCCCCUCCGAUCAGUUCCCCGGUGAAGGUAGAUCGUCCAUAUUGCGGUAAGGGGCCGCCGUCAAACCGGGGCGUGGGUCCGGGCAUCACCAAGUCCUACAGCGUCGAGGGCGCGGCGCCCCCCGUCCCGCCCCACCAUCUCCACCAUGGGCCUCCUCACCACCACCAUAAUGGCAGCCUCGUCCGCCGACCUCAGAUGCCACAGGCAGUAUCACAGUCGAGCGGCGUGGGCAUGGGCGGGCGAAGGCAGGCGCCCCGAGGGGCGGCGGCAGAUGACAGCAGCAACCGCGGCGGGCGGUGGCGAGGCAGCGGAGCGCCCGGCACCGGCCACGGAUAUGAACUCUCACAAGAUCUUGCAGAUAUGCGCCUGGAGAUGCUGGAACGCAGGUAUGGUGGCGAGGUAGCGCGACGGGCGGCGGUGACCAUCCAGAGAGCCUACCGACACUAUGCCAUGUACAAAAAGUUCCGCUCCAUCACUGCCACAGCCAAAGCACAGGAGAAGCGCCUCUCGCGGAGGUUCACUGUGGACGUGCCCGAGUGGAAUGACACCUCCAAUCAGCACUAUCACGAUGCGGAACACUUUAUCCGCUCAGAGUUCGAUCAGUUGCAGAGAAAUCUGAGUGCCACAGUUUAUGGCGAGGGGAGACGGCCCGCCCGGUCGCUGUCCCUGCGCGACACGCCAAGGACGACCACCCCGGCCACCUCCACGACGUCCACGCGAAUACAGCAGGACAACCAUGACCUUCACGACACGCUGGCGGCCAUGAAUGACAGUUCCCUUUACUGCCAUGUGUCAGCUCACUCUCCUCUCACGCCGACCUCCACGCCCACCCCGGCGCCCACGCACGCGAGGAACGGCUCCGGCGACUACCAGCACCAGGGCGACGUCGCCUCAUACGCCUCCUCCAGGGAUAUCAAGUACAUCUCGUCGGACGAGGGUGGCUUCGGAAGUCAGGACAGUGCAAACAUGGCCCGUUUGACGGUGGUCAAUCAGAGGCGAGGAGUUGGGCGUGGCAAGAAGAUCCCGCCAGAGGUCCCCCGACGCUCGUCUUCCAUCAAGUCCAGCGAGAGCAGUGGCAGUGUGGACAGUGCUGCGGCGCUAUCAACGGCCAACCACAGAGUACAGUGUCAUCCACCAUCUUUGACACCACCUUCAUCUACUCCCUCGUCCCUCACAUCAGAAGGAGGGCACAGUGACAGAGGCGCACUUAGAAGGUCUGCAGACAAUGGCUCUCUGUCCAGCGUUCAGUCCUCAGGCUCGGACUCUUCACUGUCUCAAUCCACGUCUGAUCGCGCUACUCCCCUAUCAACCCAUGACCAAGUUGAUAAUUCAGACUACCAUCCCACUUCCCCAAUAUGGAAGCGCAAGAAUCAGCAGAUGAGCACAAGCGAGGUCAUCUAUGACGAUAAGCGGUUGAGCAACAUCAGCGAAAACUCAGAAGAUUCCCUGCAGUCCCAUUCCUCGGAAGGAAUGACUUACUCUCAAACCAUCCCCUCACAGAUCCCACACUCUGCACGCUACGCUCAUGCUCAUUAUACCCAUACUCCUCACAUGCCCAAGGUGCCAGAAGUUGUUCGAAAGAGACAAUAUCGUGUUGGCCUGAAUCUCUUCAACAAGAAACCAGAGAGAGGUGUGACCUACCUGAUAGGACGAGGCUUCUUAGAAAAUUCCCCUCAAGCUGUAGCCAAAUUCUUAUUAACAAGAAAAGGUUUAAGCAAGCAGAUGAUUGGAGAAUAUCUUGGCAAUCUUCAGAACAGCUUUAACAUGGCUGUACUUGAGUGUUUUGCACAAGAGAUCGACCUGUCAGGUAUGCAGGUAGACGUGGCUCUGCGUAAGUUCCAGACACACUUCCGAAUGCCAGGAGAAGCACAAAAGAUUGAACGCCUCAUGCAGGUGUUUGCUCAGCGGUAUUGUCAGUGCAACAGAGACAUUGUGGCAAAGCUAAGAGAUCCUGAAACCAUUUUUGUCUUAGCUUUUGCCAUUAUUAUGCUUAACACAGAUCUUCAUACUGCAUCCAUGAAACAGGAAAAGAGAAUGAAGAUUGAGGAUUUUAUUAAGAAUUUGAGAGGUAUUGAUGAUGGGUAUGACAUUGAGCGUGAAAUGUUGGAAGGAAUGUAUCAGCGCAUCAAAGCCCAGGAGUUCAGACCUGGCCAUGAUCAUGUCACCCAGGUUCUAAAGGUACAACAGACAAUGGUAGGUAAGAAACCAAACUUGGCUCUACCUCACCGUCGCCUUGUUUGCUACUGCCGGCUUUAUGAAAUUCCUGACAUCACCAAGAAGGAGAGAGUUGGAGUCCACCAGCGUGAAGUCUUCCUCUUCAACGAUCUAUUGGUUGUUACAAAGAUUUUCUCCAAGAAGAAAAAUUCUGUCACAUACACCUUUAGGCAAAGCUAUCCUCUUGCUGGUCUUGUGAUAUCCACAAAGGAGGUGCCACAUUAUCCGUAUCUGAUGGAAGUUCGUCAAAGAGUUGAUAACAAAGUCUUGAUUAUUUUCAAUGCGCGGAAUGAGCAUGAUCGCACCAAAUUUUGUGAGGAUCUGAAGGAGAGUGUAUGUGAAAUGGAUGAGAUGGAAUCUUUAAGAAUUGAGGGUGAGCUGGAGAAGCAAAAAGCUUCUUUGAGGGCGUCACGGCCCAACUCCACAACUGAGAACAGAGACUCUGGAGUUGCUGAUAUGGAGCUAAUGACUACAAAUGAGAAGAACGGAACAUUGAAAUCAGAUUCCACUUUGAAGAGAUCAGCUCUAAGUAACUCACUAUUGGACAUCCAUGAGGCUGAAGGUGGUGGGCGGUCAGUGCGUCGGGGCAGCGUUGGCUCCCUCGACUCUGGCAUGUCUGUGUCCUUCCAGUCCACUAGUGCCUCCAAUGAAACGUCUCCUGCCAGUGGUCCUCAACAACCUGUGACCACCAGUGCCAGCCAGGGAGACCUACAACAGCAACAGCAACGGCGUUCUCUGACCUCAAAUUCAUCCUUCCUUGGUCAACUGUUCAGACCUCGUAGAACCUCACGUCCUGAGCUAAAUAUGUCAGGAGUGGAGGUGUGACAGUUACAUGAGCAACCUCAUUUUUCAUCUUCCACAUAGGCAUAGAUGAUCAUGGGCAAGUCAGGUUGUAUCUAGCCAUAUUCUAGUCUUUCAAGUGUACACACAUGCAUUCCAAAUGGAUCAGUGAGGAUGAAGAAGCCCAGACCAUCUAUUCUGUAACUUGUCCUGCGUACCUCAUACUAUGUAUGUGUACAGAGGCAUUGGUACUUAUGUAAUUUAGUAGCUGUUAUAAGAAACUAAACAAAUUAUACAGUGCCAUUUAGUCAGAUGUAGUCACACGUAUAUAACCCUGUGUAAAAUACAUUGUAUAUAAGUCAUGUUAAAAUAAUAAUCUGUGUAAUAUAUACCUAAUCCCACACUUAAAUAAGUAAUUGAACUUGUCCCAGACUGAGGCAUCUAUGUCUCCAGGCAUUUUAGCAUAGCAACUGCUAGUCUAAAGAUAUCAGGAUUUCAAAGGAUAUCCAGAAUAUAAGUUAUAAUUUUAUUCAGUGUAAUGUGUGCACAACAGUUAAUGCAGAUAGCAAGGUACAGUUUAGUUUAAUUUAAACUGUAUACUUCAUUGUGGAAAUUGACCUCUAGUCAGCACACUGAUUCUGUCAGAUGUUUGAUGCUUCAUAGGCAAAUUGUUGGACUGGCUUGACCUUUUGCAAUGUACCAGAUUACUGAUAUUACCAUAAUAAAAACUCACAUAUAACAUUAUUGUACAUAUGGGAUAUAUUGUUAUCAUUUUGCCAGCUUGAUGUACAGGCUGUCUUUCUAUGACAAAUAAAGAUUAUGAUGCAAAAAUAUAAA